UCACCGUGGCGCCGACGCCUCCGUCUCAGCUAGCAGCGUCCGUAGCCUGCAUCAUCUGUCGCCCUCCAGCUGGAGCUUUCACUCUGCUCCGCGGCUCAUCUCUAGCUCAGCGUGAAGCACCGAAACAUGGCGGCCCUCAUAGCUUUGUGCACCGCGGAGAAUCUGCUCGCCAGACACCUCUCACGUCCACGCAGAAGCAAAUUUUACGUCGCCAAGCUGCAACUGAGUAAGACCAGCAGCUGUUGCUUUUCUACCUCCAGCGAGAGAAAUUCUAAAUUCUACUCCGAUGCUACAGAGGCAGUAAAAGAUAUCCCUCACGGAGCUACAAUUCUGGUGGGAGGUUUUGGAUUGUGUGGAAUCCCAGAGAAUCUUAUAAACAGUUUGCUGAAGACUGGCGUUAAAGGCCUGACUGCAGUCAGCAACAAUGCAGGAGUGGAUAACUUUGGCCUGGGUCUGCUGCUCAGGACUAAGCAGAUCAAAAGGAUGAUCUCCUCGUAUGUUGGAGAGAAUGCAGAGUUCGAGCGACAGUACUUGGCAGGAGAGCUGGAGGUGGAGCUAACACCACAGGGUACCCUUGCAGAGAGGGUCAGGGCUGGGGGUGCUGGGAUUCCAGCUUUCUUUACAGCCACUGGUUAUGGCACCCUGAUCCAAGAGGGCGGCUCUCCCAUCAAGUAUAACAAAGAUGGCAGUAUUGCCAUCGCUAGUGAGGAGAGAGAGGUGAAAGAAUUCAAUGGCAGGCAUUACAUCAUGGAAAAGGCCAUCACUGGAGACUUUGCCCUGAUCAAAGCAUGGAAAGCCGACAAGGCUGGAAAUAUAGUUUUCAGGAAAACAGCCAGAAACUUCAAUCAGCCCAUGUGCAAAGCUGCCAAAACCACCAUAGUGGAGGUGGAGGAGGUGGUGGAUGUUGGGACCUUUGCUGAGGAGGACAUCCACCUACCCAGCAUCUACGUCCAUAGGGUCGUCAAAGGAGCCAGCUAUGAGAAGAGGAUUGAGAAACGCACUGUGAAGAAGAGCCAGGAGGAGAAGCCCAAACCAAAGAAGGACUCCGAUAUUGUUCGGGAAAGAAUCAUUCGCCGGGCGGCUCUGGAGUUUGAAGACGGGAUGUAUGCCAACCUCGGUAUUGGCAUCCCCAUGUUGGCCAGCAAUUUCAUAAAGCCAGACAUCACGGUGCACCUCCAAAGUGAAAAUGGGAUUUUGGGACUGGGCCCGUACCCCUCUGAGGAUGCAGUGGAUGCAGACCUGAUUAAUGCCGGGAAGGAGACAGUCACUGUGCUCCCUGGGGCUGCAUAUUUUUCUAGUGAUGAGUCAUUUGCAAUGAUCCGAGGGGGUCACAUCAACCUGACAAUGCUGGGAGCCAUGCAGGUGUCAAAAUAUGGAGAUCUGGCUAACUGGAUGAUCCCUGGUAAGAUGGUGAAGGGAAUGGGAGGAGCCAUGGAUUUGGUAGCGAGUGCGGGAACCAAGGUAGUGGUCACCAUGGAGCACUCAGCGAAGGGAGGAAAACACAAAAUAUUGGAGAAAUGCAGCCUCCCUUUGACAGGGAAGCAGUGUGUGGAUCGGAUCAUUACAGAAAAGGCUGUGUUUGAUGUAGAUAAGACAAAAGGCCUGACUCUAAUAGAAGUAUGGGAGGGUCUGACUGCUGAGGACAUCAAGGCUUGCACCGGCGCAGAUUUUGAGGUGUCUCCCAACCUGAAGGCCAUGCAGCAAAUCUAGACGACCACUCUUUUGGUUUGCGUCACCUUUAGUUCUCUGCAGUAUACAGCUGGUGAUUCCGUUUCAUGAGCGGCGUGCGCACCGAUACGACACGCUCGGCUCCGUUCACUGGUUCUCAGCAUGCAAACAUCAGACGGGUGUAGUCGUCGGUGAAUAUGAAUGAAUGAAGUGGUCGGCGGCCGCUACGCUGAACCACUUCAUCCCUGGGCAUCUUUUACCAAAUGGUCCGUCUGAGAUGACAACACAAACUGGGAUUAUUCUUUUCUUAUAAAAAUGUAAAUCUAAGACUUUGGUGAAAUAAGUAAUGUAGAACAUAGAACAGUACAUAUUUCAUUAAUUUUCAGGAAUAUAGAAAAACUUUGUUAUAAGUUAGGGAUUCCUGGUUUUGGCAAAAGGCAGUGUGUUUUAUUUAAAGCCGUGCUCCUCUAGGAGACUACAGCCCUGUGUAAAAUACUUCUAAGUUAAAACGUCACCACCUCAUUAAUGCAUAACUGAUCCAAGCCUUAACAUUUCGUGCUCUAACACAUUCUGUUCUCCUGCCUUUAGUAAUAAAAUGUGUAAAAGUUAAUAAAGUCUUUCUUGAGUGAAUGGAAA